AUGGAUCCAGAAGUCAAGUCAGAACAUCAUGAAGGUAAUGGUAAACCACUAGAGACUCCAACUUUGCCAGUACAUGAGAUAGUAGGAGGAUCUUCAGUCAGGCAGUACUUGAAUCAACAUGUGUCGCAGCAUUUGCUCGAAGGGUUAAAGAAACUUAGCUCUGAGAAGCCUGAAGACCCAUUGAGAUGGUUGGGGAAGUACUUGUUAGAGGAAGCCGAUAGAAGAGAUGAAGAAGUUAAGCAAGCACGUGUGAGCAACCUGGUGUGA